CAAUGCAUCUUGUAGUCUCUACUCUGUUGACCCUAGCAUGCAGCCGGCUGGUUAACUCAUUCUUCCUUCCAGCUCCUCUCCUCAACCACUUCUAUAUGAUGAAAAAUAGAGGAUAUGAUCCUGUGGUUGGACAGGACGGAUCUGGAGUUCUCAAGGUGGAUGGACGUCCUUAUCUGCAACCUAAUUUAAACUGUGACAACUGCUUCACUCAAGCCAGGGAAGACACUGGUGAGGAAGAUGAUUAUGAACUAGACAGUCUGCCAACUAUAAAGCAGAAAAGAGAUCUGAAGCAGGAUGAAGAAAUGAUGCUGAAAAGAUUCUAUGAAGAUUACCAUGGAAUGAAUGGAUAUAUCAGAGCAACAAGAUCUAGCCGACCAACACGUGCUCUUAAUCAACUCAGGCUUGGAAAACGUACCUUGAGCCAGCUUAGGAUUGGGAAACGAAACUUGAAGAAACUGAGACUAGGAAAAAGAUCCCUCAGUCAGCUGAGAAUUGGAAAACGCAGCAUGGACACUACCGAAGACGACAUGUAAAUUUCCAACGCCAUUUUGUAGGACGUAAAACACAUUACAUCCGCUUAAAGUUGAACAGACCACAUUUACUGAGAAUAGAAUAGAAAUAAAACAGCUUUAGAGAUUAUUUUUUUAAAGAAUGAAACCUUUACUUCUAAGAUGAUGUUUUUGAUCUGUUAUUAUUAAUAAAUGUUGUAUUUGAAGAGGCAAGUAAAAGAGGAGGACUUGCAGGCCUCUUCAAUGUACGUAUUAA